AUGAAUGAUGCUGAUGCAGCACUGUCGUUGCCAGCUGUUCCUCCCACCAAUCGUGACAAUGAUCGCCACGUGGAACCCAGCUUAAAGCUUGCCGAAAACAAAAUUCCAUUACAGGCGCCUCCUACCUCUGACAAGCAGAAACAGGAGGGGGAGAGUGGUGGUAGUGGUAGCGACGAUACAGUCAGCAUAAAAGCGGACUCAGAGGCGGAAACCAUCAUCCAGUCGGGGCGGGAGGAGCUAUCGCCGGAGAAAAAGAGAAGGUACAUACAGCACAAACGCGAUAGGAGCCUGGGGAGAGCUGAAGAUGAGAGGGACUUUGGAGUCGCAUCGUUACCCGAAAGUGGAAAACCACGAAAGCGACUGCGGGUAGAAAGCGAUAAUGUGGAUGGUAGAUCUCUCAAAGUGCGUGACCCUGGCGAACAGACUUCGCGAGCCUCAUCUCCACCAGGGGAAACGAAGUACACGAAACAGAAGGAAACUGGAGACUCAGAAAAGACGUCUGCCACACGUGGUUUAUCCCACUCGCGUUUCGAUGGAUUAGAGGGGAACAAAAACCGCCAGUCGACGAAUCGUUGGUCAAGUGAAGGGGUUCGUGUGGAGGAAGGAGAGCCCCGCCGCCAUGGCGACCGUCAACAUGUAUCAGAUUCAUCCCACAACAAAAUUUCCGACGAAACAUCAAACACGUCGCAUUCACAACACUUAUCUAAGCAUCGUUCCACAUCACCAGCUUAUCGUUUACACCAUAGAGUUACAUCGGGAUCGCACUCAUCUAUUGAUAUCAAAAAGAGAAGACGAGCGCGACCGCCGCCUGCGACAGAUUCACGCCGCCAAGUUUCAGAGGACCGAGAGUCUACUUCGUCUUCCACCAGUGGAUCUCCUUUACCAUCUGCUUGUCUGCGCAAGCUAGCUUCUAGCGAGCAAGCCGCGAUAUCACCCGCAAAACAGAUGCAGGUAAAGAAACAACGAGAUCAAAAUGGUCGGACAAGACUUGCAAGGGCCUGUGCGAUGCAGGAAGUCGAGGCUGCGAAAGCGCGCCAUGCUGAGCGCCCAGAGGAUCUAAAUAUUUCUGACAACGCGGGGAACACGCCACUUCAGAUCGCUGCUCUUGAAGGCUGUGUAGAUAUCGUUAAGUUCCUAAUCGAAGCAGGAUGUGAAAUCGACACAAGGAAUAUUGACAGAGAUACUCCCCUUAUUGAUGCUGUGGAAAACGGCCAUUUGGAAGUUGUGAAAUUGCUUUUGGACGCGGGCGCCAAUCCUCGUCUCGGUAAUGCGGAGGGCGAUGAACCGUACGACCUUGUCCCGUCCGAUAGCCAGAACUACGAGGAAAUGCGAAAAAUCAUAGCGGAAGCCAAAGCCAAGGGGCAACGACGAAAGUCUGCAGAUCAAUCUGUUCGCGCCACUUCUUCCGGCAGGGAUCCUUCAUUCGCGGGGCGCAUCGGCAGCCAGUCCUCUCUAGGAGCUCGUAGGAGAACCGUGAGGAGUGAGGCAACAAGGAACGAUUUGUUAUGGACAAAAGCAACUCCGGAAAAUCUUCGAGAUUUUGCUGCUAAGGGGGAUAUGGCUGGUGUGGCAAAUAUCCUUAACGUGGGACAAAAAGCUGAUCCCGAGUCGCUAAUUGCCGCUGCGAAAGGUGGACAUGACGAAGUCUUGGGGAUUCUGUUGGGCAUGGGCGAUCCAGACCCGGAUCCGGAGCCGCUAUUAACUGGUAACCACAAUAAACCGGGGUAUAACACUCCCAUGCUCGCUGCAAUCGGCAGAGGGAACACUGCGGUUAUUCAACUCUUACUAGACCAACGAGGAUUUGACCCCACGCGUCUUGACCGCCGUGGCCGAACAUAUUACGAAUUAUCAAGAGAACGUAAAGGAGAUCACUGGGAAAGAGAGUAUGAACUUUUAAAACGAGCAUAUGAUAACCAUUUAAGAACCCUCAAGAACCGCAGGCCUGAUACGAAAUCUCCUCGAAGGGUUCGUGAUAAAGACACAGAUGUGAAAAAGCACGCUCGACGGGAAUCGUCGUCCCCAGCUCCUCCAUCGCAACGAAAAGCUGCCAGAACAUCCGAUUCGGGUCGCCAAACUGAACGUUCCACUCGGGAAACAGAUCAUGUAAAGGAAAGGAGGAAGCCUGAAGCUGCCGGCCAUGAGAAGGAUAAACGAGUUGCAUCCGGGGGGAAUCGGUUGAAGCCGCCAAACAGAGAAAGCAGCAAUCUUGACCAGUCUGCAGGCGGAUCUGACCAAGAAACACGCCCAGACCGUAAAUGCCCAAAGGAUUCUGUACCCUCUCACAACGGGGAUGAGCCUAUCAAGCGUCGGCGCCUCAUUGCGGGCCGGCCUCCUGACCGAGUGAAGCGAAGGGAGAGCCUGAUGUCGUCUGAUUCACUUUCUAGCCGUGAGGAAACUAUUAAACAACGGAACGAGCCUGCAAACCCUGACGUAAAGCCAUCUAAGGAGGCGCCGCCACGGAAACGUUCUCGAAACAGUGUAUCACCAGAACCAUCACAGCCCCGUGGCCGUCAACACAAGGAGGACAGUGUUCGUGACGCUCAAAAUCAAAAGAAGCGGAGACGCGUCCAGUCUGAAGAGAACGGUAUAUCUUCCUCCAAUAGCAGUGCAACACAGAAGCCUCUGGAACUACCAGUACCUCCCUCAAAAACUCAGCCGAGGCAGAAAAACAAUGCCCCCAAGUUAGGCCACGAAAAAUCUCGUGGUGGUGAUAACGAUGUAGAUAAAGAGUCUUCUGCUGCACAAAGGCCCAAUUCAGGAACGUCUACUAGCAAACAAGACCAAAAGAAAUCUGAGCCGCACAUCAAAGACAUCCCUAUGGAAGAUGUUGAUGACCCUGAAGCGGAAGAGAGCCAGGCAAAGGAGGCUAGGGCAGCGAAUGAAGCAAGGGAAAAGCAGUUAAGGGAGGCGAAGCAGGCAAAGGAAGAAGAGGAAGCUAAAGAGGCAAAGGAAGCCCGAGAAAAGGAGGCUAGGGAAAGGGAGGCUAGGGAAAGGGAGGCUAGGGAAAGGGAGGCUAGGGAAAGGGAGGCUAGGGAAAGGGAGGCUAUAGAAAGGGAGGCUAGGGAAGCUGAGCUAGCCAAGGAAGCACGGGAAGCGGAAGAGAGACGUGUUGCUGCCCAGGCUGAGCGUGAUAGACAGGAGAAGGAACUUCGAGAAGCCCAAGCCGCCAAAGAGGCCCGAGAAGCAGAGGAAGCCAGGGAGGCUGCAGAAACAGCUGCGCGACUGGCCCGUGAAAAGGCUGAGGAGGAAGAACGCAAAAGAAAGGAGAUGGAGCUUAGGCGCAUCAGACAGGCCGAGGAAGAGCGUCAAAAGCGCUUAGAGCAAGAACGACUUCGUCUUGCGAGGCAGCGGAAAGAUCAGGAAGAGCAGGAACAGCGGCGUCGCGACGCACUACCUAACCGACUUCGUGCUGCAGCAAACUUCGUCGGCUCAAAUGACCCUAUUUCUAAAAGCCAUGUCUGGCUUAAAAAAUUCAUGCCACUCGUAACAGCAACAACCAAGCAAAUCGACCCUUCCUGUGAUCUCGAGGUCAAGGAUGACAGAUGGAUUCCCAACUAUCUGGUUGCACCACUUCUUGCUACGAACGAUCUUCAACUUUCGCAGUAUCCUAGUUGGGAAAGGCGGUUUGUCACUCUUACCCAGCGAAAUAACCUUUGGAGGGUAACGCGUCGUAUUCUUGUCGAGGAAGGCGAGUUUAACCCCUUGACAACAAGCUACGUCGAUGUUAUGCGGAAAGAUGCCGAAACCCGACCCAAAUACUUUGCGAUGGAACACGUAUUUUGGGUAAAGUAUUCCGAUUUCAUGGAUUUGGUUCCUCAUGUCCCCCACCUCCACGGACUCGAGAUUCGGACGCUUCGAAUGCAUGUCGACCCCGAACCUGGCCCCGAAACGAUCCAGGCAGAACGUCAGCUCCCAAAUGGGAUAAGAUCUAUUACUCCUAAUAUAGAUUCUGGGCCAAAAUCCCCGCUCACCAACGGAUUUAUAACCUCUAAUGGUCAUCCUCAUUCGUGA